AUGGCUCUCAAGCGCAUCAACAAGGAGCUCACUGACCUCGGCCGUGACCCGCCCUCAUCAUGCUCCGCCGGCCCCGUCGGCGAGGAUCUGUUCCACUGGCAAGCGACAAUCAUGGGACCGGGCGAAUCGCCGUAUUCCGGCGGCGUCUUCUUCCUCGCCAUCCACUUCCCCACCGACUACCCCUUCAAGCCACCCAAGGUCAACUUCACGACGCGCAUCUACCACCCCAACAUCAACUCCAACGGCAGCAUCUGCCUCGACAUUCUGCGUGACCAGUGGAGCCCCGCCCUGACCAUCUCCAAAGUUCUCCUAUCCAUCUGCUCCAUGCUCACCGAUCCCAACCCCGACGACCCGCUGGUGCCCGAGAUUGCUCACGUAUACAAGACGGACCGAUCUCGAUACGAGGCCACGGCCCGGGAGUGGACCCGAAAGUAUGCCGUCUAG